AUGUCGCCCGCCACAGAACAGCCGCCAGCCCAGCCGCCGGCCAGCGCGUCUCGUCCGCGCGCAAAGUCCAGCGCCUUCAGCUUCCACAGCGACAAGAGCUCCAAACACGAGCGCAAAAUCAGCGAGGGCGAGAAGCGCAAGACCCAUUACGACCCCAACACCAAAGCCAAUCCCAACGCCGCCAUGAAUGAGAUUCAGCCCAUCGCCGCUGCCCUCGAAAAGCCCACGCUUCAGUCGCUUCGCUCGUUCCAGCACACUGAUUCUACAGGAAAUCCCAUUGUCGACCCAGAUCUCUCCAAUCCCACUCGCUCAAGAUGGGAACGUCCCCUCGACACCAUCCGCUCCUUCGAAGCCGCCAUUGACGGCGAAUACAAACGCCGCGUCCAAACCACACGCGGUGAUCAGAGCGAGGUCAUGAGCGCCUACGGCAGCCGACGAAACAGCUACUAUGGCGGCCACGAGCAGAACCGCUAUUCUCAAGCCAACAACUCCCCGUACAACCGCCAGUCCGGCCGCGACAGCUACGAUGCCUACGGCGCUGGCGGCCCCGUCGGCGGCUACCAACGAAUGCGCUACGGAAACCGGAUGCAAUCCGAUCCUGGGUGGAAUCGUGGCGGAGCGAACAAUGUCUACCCGCAAAACGGCUACCAACAAUCCCGCGAUACAGUCAACACGAACGGCUCCAACGGCAGCCACAGCGACGGUCCUCACUCCAACGAACCUAGUAGCGAUAACAGUUCGAUUGAGCGUGGUGUUCCCGUGCGACCCCCGCAACACGACAUGGGCGACCCAUUUGGAUAUAGCAGCUUCAACCGGGGACCGAUAAGGGAGGAGUAUGGACAGCAGGGUCCGUCUCAGCAACAGGGUCCAUACUUUCCUUCACAACAGCAGAAUCAAGGUGUGCCGCCACCGCCACCGAAACAUGCCACACCGUCGGCGCCUAUCAAAUUGGGUAAUUCGGGGCCGCCAGACGCGGGCGCCCAUCGACCACCGCUUGCGUCGAAGAAAUCAGACGACAAGAGAAAGAGUUGGUUCAAGAAGCGCUUUAGCAAAGAUUAG